GGAAAAGCUUCGUCACGAGUCUAGACCGAGAUUAGAACCUGUUCAUGGGUAGGAUAGGGAAGGGAAGGGAAGGGGGGUCAGCAACGAACCGUUUGAAGCUUGGACGGAGAUCGAACGGACGUGGGCCAACGUGGUUGAUUGCUUUAGUGGACUGAUCAUGCACUGCCACAGCUGAUACUACUAGUCGUAGUAGUAAGCUGAUACCUGUCUCUGGGAUUUUCUAGCUCAGUACCCACUCACUCUCUCUCUUCGCCCCCCCUCUACUCCAAAAUCACCCUCGAAUGAUGAAUCCUUUGAUUGCUGUUUCGGGUCAGGAUCGCCAAGGACACGCUUCCCCAACGUGCCCAUUAGAAUGCUGUUCCGACUCGAAAAAUACAUUGGCAAUAAUGCGCAGACAGCGUUACUUGCAGACAGUUAGGGCUCCGCUUCUCAAUUAUCUUAAUCACUCUCGAAGAAUGUGGAAAUCCAUGCCAAGGAAUACUUUUCCCAUUUGCGAAAUUGCGACCGCACAUGUCUGGACAUUUGACUUCCUUACUGUGCAAGAAUCUUUGCCCUUGUUUUCUUUUUUUUUCUUUUUCUCUUUCCCUCAUUACCAUCUGAUUGCGUCCCUCCUUCUGAAAAUGCGCCAAGUCAUGAAUAUGGGAUAAGAAUAUUGAUCACCAGUUUAAUGUUUACAUCUCUCACAUACUCUGGUUGUCACAGACCUUGUUAUGCUUCGUUGACGACGUGAAUUUGAGCCCUGGUCCUUUAAUCAAACGACGAGCCUUCUAAUUGCUAGGAAGAACUUCUAAGUUACGCCUCGUUCGCGUUGCGGGUUUGCCUGCAGAAGUCAGGAGCUUGACUCGUCGAAAGGGGCGUUUUUUUUUAUGCCGGGGUAACCGAAAUUGAGAUGGCCCUGAAAAAGCAAAUCUGCUUCUUUUUCUUUUCUUUUUUCUUUUUUU